UUUCAACAAAUUGAAUAGAACUUGUGGAUUCUUGUUUUUAUUUUUUACUAAUUUGAUCAAAUUGUAUUAAUUAUGUGGUUAAUAUCAGGGAGGGCUCAUAAUUAAAUUCCCUGCUAUUGGAGAAGGUCUCCGUUCACAUUCAAUAUGCAAAACUUAGGGUUAUAUUUUAGACACUAUCGUCUUCUGUGCUAUGCCCAAAAAAUAAUACAGAGAUAUACUUUUAUUAAUAAUUAUAGUACUGUAUAUGGUAGCCUAGACGCGUUUUCUUAUCAUAUAAUAUCAGAUGGUCACACGAAAGAUGACACAAGAACAUUAAGACCAGCAAGUAAUGUUAUGAAUGAUGUUACAAGAAGACACUUCACUGUGGCUGAAAAUAAAAAUUCUGUUGAUGUAUCAAAAUUAUCAGCACAAGAAUUAGACAACAUGCUGCUAGAACUUCAUAAAUUAAACAAAGAUAAGGAAUUACUGCAAUAUAUAAGUGAAAGCCAGAAUAUGAAAGUUAUAAUAGGAAAAGAUGUUAUAAAAAAGCUUUUCAGGGAUUACAGUUUUAGUGGAAAGGUGGAAGCAGUUGAGCAUCUGAGAAUGUACACUUCUAAAGUGAUACCACUGUUAUAUGAAAAGAAUGGAGAAUUUUUACAUUAUUCUGCUAAGGCUCAAUGUCUGAAAGGGAAUUCGCAAAAAGGUCUCUCUAUUUUAGAUAAUGCGUAUAGAAAGUAUACAAAUUUGAGGGCAUUAUACAGAAUAAUAUUGAAAGAAUUAAUUCAUGAUUCUGUUAUGAACAGAUCGGAGGCAUCAAUGGUUACUUUUAAGAAAUAUGUUCUAGAGUUAAGUGAAAAAUGGAAUGAUAGUUACCCGCUUGUGUGUCUUUGGCAUGUGUGCUGGAAGAGUGACUGGUUUUCAGAUCAAAUACUGGCUAAUGAACUAUUGGAAACAUCUGAAAGCCUUCAAAAUAUUAUUAAAGAGAUGGCUGGAACAUUUUGCCUGGCCGUAUUAAAAGAAUAUAAUGAGGAUGCUGUAACAAGGCUCCUACAGACGUUGCUCAAAUAUCAUAUGAUGGCUGAAUAUACCCAAGUUUUACAGAUUUACUUCAACUUUAAAUUAAAAAACAAGGACAUUAGAGGGUGUACAGAGAUCCUGCGAAAUUGUGAAGUUCUGGGCAUAACAUUACCGACGUACCUUCAGAGUCAAUUUAUAAACAUUUUAAUUGGAAGAAAAGAUGCAGAUAAAAUAGUACCAGCCAAAACAGACUUUAAACUCAAGUUUUAAGUAUUAUAUUUUAACUAAUAUUAUAGUAUACGUUGUAUAUUUGUAAGUAGAUUUGUAUUUGUAGAUAGAAUAAAGUAUUUUUAAUGUAGAA